AUGCUCCUAUCCAACAAAGUCCUUGGAUCUUCUUGUUCCGUUUUCAGAUUAUCCACACGGCGCCUCAGCGAGCGCACUCAUGGAGAGGAAAAAACACUCGUUGCCAAGGCCAGUCAGGUCCGGACUUGGAGUGUCAAGAGCGGAAGCCCUCUUUUUACUCUUCUUAUUUUCUUUGCUUCGCUGCAGAACGCGGCCCGCGGAGGAGUCAAGGCGGCUGGUCCAAAAGAGGUAGGUGCGAAGUUCAGGCUUCGUAUUCCCGUUUCGCCUUUCUCGGGGAGCGAUCCCGCGGAAGAAGAAGAAGAAGAAGAAGAAGGAGGAGAAGGAGAAGGAGAAGGAGAAGAAAAGUGA